AUGCCGUGGGGGAUGUUUACUGGAAUUUUGAGGAAGUUACAUCAGAGAGGGAAGGUUGAAGAUCAUGGGAGCAAUGGGCAGUUACCAGCCUUGGGAGAAGGAUCACCAAGCAAUGAGGGAGAGUGGGAAGUUGGGUCAAACAUAAGGUUAUUAUGCUGGAGGGAGUGCUCAAAUUCAAUAUCAAAAUCCUCCAUUCAAUCCUCUAUUUUCUCAAAAUACUCCAAAUUCUUCUUACUCCAAAUUCUUCUUACUACCAAAGUUGAUGCAACUGGUAAAAAAGGUCUAAGUGCUUUACAAAAGUGUACUGCAGCUCUUCGUAUGCUAGCAUACGGGGUGGCUGCUGAUCAAGUUGAUGAGUACCUCCGUAUUAGCGAAAGCACAGUACGAAAAGCACUCACUCAUUUUACAAAGGGAAUAAUCAACCAAUUUGGGCAACAUUAUUUGAGAAAACCAACACCACAAGAUUUGACGAGAUUAUUAGCCUUUAGUGAAGAACGAGGAUUCUCUGGAAUGAUUGGUAGUGUUGAUUGCAUGCAUUGGGAGUGGAAGAAUUGCCCAGCAGCAUGGAAAGGGACAUAUAAUGAUCUCAACAUGCUAUAUCGAUCACCUCUUUUAGUUGAUUUUUUUGAAGGAAGGGCACCACCUGUUAAUUUUACGGUAAAUGAAAAUCAAUACGGCAUGAUUUACUAUCUCACGGAUGGCAUUUAUCCUAAAUGGGCUACUUUUAUUCAGUUUAUUACUGAACCACAAAUACCAAAAGCAAGGUUAUUUGCCCAACUUCAAGAUGCAGCAAGAAAGGAUGUGGAGCGAGCAUUUGGGGUGUUGCAAGCUCGAUUUGCAAUAAUUAGAAUGCCCUCACUUGCUUGGGAUGAAGAACGACUAUUUGAUAUAAUUACUUCUUGUAUAAUUAUGCAUAAUAUGAUAGUGAAAGAUGAAAGAGAUACAUAUACACACUAUGCUGAUGGUAGAGAGUUCAUGGGAGAUCACUCAAAAGGUCAAUCGGAAGGUACAUGUGGAUUAAAGGUGUCUAGGUUUGCUCUUAAAGGGUCACCUUGGGCUAAUAAGCCCCAAAGUACUUGA